AUGCCUCCACAUCUCCAUCCCAAGUCUCGGUCAACGAGCACCCUCUUCGCCGGCACCCUCUUCGCUUCGCUCGUCGUGGUCGGCAUGCCACACCUCUUCCCCUGCCCAGCCCCGCGACGCACCUUUGCCGAUUCAGAGAUGACAAUCACAGCCGACGGGCAACAAGUACCACGUAUCCGGCGGCGCCGGCGGAGAGACGUCGAGCUGGACUCUGAAACCGCGCGUCCGGGCUAUCCAGCACCACCCGCCGUGGACGAGGAGGUGUCUACAUUCUUCCAGAUGGAGGAGGAAGCAGAGAAGCUUGCUCGUGCCGGGCAUGAGUGCCCCGUACCAAAGCCCAAGGGUGUCCUUGGAGAACUGCUUGGAUUCCGCAAUGCGCGUGGGACUGAGUCCCCUCGGGCCCAGGCCGCCGAAGGAGGCCGAUAG